GUAAGGAAGAAUCAAUCAAUAAAGCAUGUGAAACGUUUGAGAGAAAACACUCACUUCUCAGUAUUGGUGACCAACCUAUCAAAGAGCCAUUGCAUAUCAGUAUGUGUGACGUGCAUUGCAUGUCAAACAAGAAUUCACCUGCAGCCCAGUAGAAUACAUACGACGACAUAUUCAAUAUCUAAUUGGACUAGGCACGUUACCAAGUGCAAAAUACUCAUGAAUGGAGGAGGCACUCAGAGUACUUUGGCAGCGUUUUUAUCUCCUUCUACAACGUCAGUGUCCACUGCUCAGUCAUCAGACACAGACUCAGAACAUUCUACCUCUUUCAGGAAGCACACGCCACCUAAACGUUCUGCCAUCACUCUCAACGAGCAACCACCUGAACGUUCUGCCUACUCUCUCAACGAGCAAACACCUGAACAUUCUGCCUACUCUCUCAACGAGCAAACACCUGAACAUUCUGCCUACCCUCUCAACGAGCAAACACCUGAACAUUCUGCCUACCCUCUCAACGAGCAAACACCUGAACAUUCUGCCUACUCUCUCAAUGAGCAAACACCUGAACAUUCUGCCUACCCUCUCAACGAGCAAACACCUGAACUUUCUGCCUACUCUCUCAACGAGCAAACACCUGAACGUUCUGCCAUCACUCUCAAUGACGAGCAACCACCUGAACGUUCUGCCUACCCUCUCAACGAGCAACCACCUGAAAAGGAGCAACCACCUGAACGUUUUGCCUACCCUCUCAACGAGCCAACACCUGAACGGUCUGCCUACCCUCUCAAGGAGCAACCACCUGCCUACCCUCUCAACGAGCAAACACCUGAACGUUUUGCCUACCCUCUCAACAAGCAGCAAUCGACAGUGCUACCUGAAGACAUCAAAGCUCAGAAUUUUGAAGAGGCCCCUCUCUCCUGUACGAUAAUGGCAGAAAAUAAGGGAGGGGCCACUGCACAAAUAACUGUCUUAGAUUAUUCCCGUUAUGGUAGGCACAAGAGAAAAUUAGAGACUGUACAAAAAUGUCCAGAUCAAACUAAGAUAAUUGACUUUUUCUCGAUUACCAAUGAAAUUGAUCAACUCACCACCGAAAACAAAAAGUUACAACACUUACUCAGAAGUAACGAAUGUGAAAUGUCACCUGACUUACUCUUAAGCUCUUGUACUCCAAUUCUUAGACAGUUGAUGUCAAAUGCUGAAAAAAAUGCCAGCAAGUUACCACAUGGGCGAAGGCAUUCUGACAAGCUAAAGAAAUUUGCCACAUCACUGUUUAUUUAUGCUGGGCCUCUAGCUUAUGAUUUUUUACAACAAAACUUAUCACAAGCAUUACCAUCCCUGAGAACUGUACAGCGGCUUGUCCACUCGGACUACAAAACCAUAAGUGAAGGAGAGUUCCGAUUUGAUGAGCUAGUUGAACAUAUUGCUAAACAUAAUGGACCUAACAUUGUGUCCAUAGGAGAAGAUGCAACUAGAGUAAUAUCCCGGGUGGAGUAUGACAGCAAAACAGAUAGAUGCGUUGGUUUUGUUCUUCCACUGGAUAGAUAUGGUCUUCCCAAAUCAGACACGUUCUUGGCUGUUUCAUUUGAGGCUAUAGAGAGGGUGUUUUCUGAAAAUCAGAUGGCUAGGUAUGCAUAUGUAUACAUGGCUAAACCGUUAUCUGUGAACAUUCCACCAUUCUGCUUAGCAUGUUUUGGAACUGAUAACAAGUUUACCACUGAGCACAUCAUGUUACGGUGGAAGUACAUAGUACAAGAGUGUCAAAAAAGGGGUUUAAAGGUUCUAAGUUUUGGCUCAGACGGGGACACCCGACUAUUGACUGCAAUGCAGGUGUGUGCAGGUCUAAAGGAUUCAAAAUGUAAUGUAUUGUUGGACCUAAUUCCUAAGCCCAUAUUAGCUGCUCCGAAAGUUCCAUCCAAAUGGCACCCAUGGUUUUGCUUACAAAGGCCUAGCUCAAUAGCCUACGUCCAAGAUAUUGUCCACAUUGGAGUGAAAUUAAAGUGCAGACUUCUUAAGCCAUCGGUUAUACUACCAAUGGGUAGUUGUGUUGCUGGUGUACACCAUAUACGAAUACUUAUGGCCACUUAUGGGAAAGACAUUCAUGGUUUACGGGAAAAAGACGUUGACCACAAGGAUAAACAGAACUUUGAUGCCGUUAUUAACAUUGUCAAAGCAGCUCAUCUGUUAGAAAGCCUUCCUGAUUCCAAAGCUACAAAACAAUACGUGGAAUUGAUGCAGUGUGUUGUCGACAGCUACCUAAGUAAGGAAUUGAGUCCCACUGAAAGAAUUGAGAAGAUAUGGUAUCCUACUUUUUUUAUACGUUACUGGCGUGAGUGGAUAAAGCUACAUCCACGGUACAAUCUCCAAGAUAACUUCAUAACAUUCAAUGCCUACAUGUGUAUUGAACUUAACGCACAUUCUCUUGUAACCCUUCUUUAUACGAUUCGAAAUGAGCUCAAGCAGCACCCUGAUUCGUUUUUGCCAUGGAUGCUAGGAUCUCAACCAUGUGAAGGUUUAUUUAGAGCAGCACGAAGUAUGAAUAGCAUGUUUUCAACUGUUAUCAACUUUGGGAUGUUGGGUUUGUUAAGACGUGUACAUCGGUUACAAAUUCAGUCAAAACUUCAAGCAGAAUCCUCAGAGACCAACAUCAUCUUUCCACAAAAAAAAGCAUGAAGCAAAAAGUGGUACAAACUCUCUCUCUCGCACCUCGUUGUUGAGUGAAAUCACUGAUUCUGACAUAGCCGAGGCUAUAGUCAGAUCCAAGAUAAAAGCAAGAGAGAAAGUUGAAGCACUGGGUAUGAUUGAGCUACUGAAGGAGAAUCAACGGUGGGAUGAUAUUCCCACUGUGACAGAAUCAGAUAUCUUUGGAGACUCAGAUGACAGUGAGGACGAAUAUUGCCACAAGUCAAAUGAGUGUACUACAACAAUGUUGGUUCAAGAGGUUUGUGAAGAUAAUCCAGUUGACAUUGGAAAUGAUAUUAAAGCGUUGGCUGAUUGCUUGAUAUCUCCUGACUUAGAGCACAAGUUAAAAAAAACUUCAGCAUUCUCUUCCUGAAUCAAACUCUUUACCAACUUACGUACCCAUAAAUCUAUGUCCUGGAUCACCGAGUACAGUACAUACCUGAUACCUAUUCGCCAUCAGCAGCAGAGGAGCCAUGCGCUAAGAAAUUGAAAGAGAGUGCUUUUUCAAUGAAGCCAUUUCUUCAAGUGUUUGUUAAUAAAGUGCCUAUAUUCAUUAGGAAAACCACAGCCGUUUGGCUGUUUCAAGAAGGAGAGAGAGUUUCUUCAGAUAGAUUAUUCCGAGUGAGGAACAAGCAACCUUUCUCUUCUGACAGUGUCACAUCUCAGAAGAAUUAUUUUCAGGAUAGCCCAGAGCCUUUUGUUGCACAAGUGUUGAACCUUGGAGACAUGUGUGUUUUUGAAACGGAUAAUAAAUGGUCAAUAGGAAAGGUUUUGCAGUUUGCUAAAUUGAAUCAGAAAAACCAACAGUAUAUACAAACAGUUCUCGGUAGAACUGUCAGUGGAUGCUAUUGGUGUUCUCUGUUCCUGGUUUGAACAGCAAAAGAGCGCUACUGGUUGCAGUCUUUUCAAAGUGUUCGAUAAUCCAAAGAUAACACACACAUACAUUCCAACAUCAGCAUACAUAUGUACCCUUUCCAACAGCUGCAUCGAGGUCAAAUCCCAAGCUGCAACUUCUACAAAUACUUCAAGUAUGUAAGCACGGUACAAUGCUGACCAAGAAAAACUUGUAACUGCUAAAGAAUUUCUGCUGACAGCAAAAUGCGAAUCAUUUAUUAGUCAUCAGUUUAUAUCAAGAAGCCACACUAACCCAGACGUAAUUGCUAUUGGGGAUGAUGAUAGCUCCGGGAGCUCAAAAUCUGUCAGGAUUGUUUGGAAACAAAUAAAUAAUCUACAUGUUUACCAAGCAGAUAGAAUUACUCUGCUCCAUAAACAACAAUGGCUAAAUGACAACCAUGCACAUGAUGUGUGCCCACGAGCUAUUGAGAGGUCAAUUAGUAUGGUGGAUUGAAGCCUACAGUAUUGCAACAAUCGAAGUCUGUCAAAUCUCUGCCACCAGAUUCUAUUCAAAUUUUACACACGCGUGGCAAUCACUGGAUUGCUAUAUCUACCAUCAAUUGUGAACAAGGAACGGAUGUAUACCUUUAUGAUUCCCUAUACUCGGAGUUAAGUAUAGACACACAAGUUAUACUGGCCAAAUUAGUACGCACGAGCAAGUCUGUUUUAUAUGUUAACGUAGUAAAUGUGCAGAGACAGAGUGGCACAUCUGAUUGCGGAUUGUUCGCAAUUGCUAAUAUCACACAUAUUGCGUUUGGUCUCAAUCCUUGUAUG